UAUAUAGGGGGAGGGGCGGCUCCUCCAUUCAUUUGCCUGCAUUGUACAGAUAAUUAUGGAGUCCCAGAUCAGGCACAACUUCCACCAGGAUUGUGAGGCAGGCCUCAACCGCACUGUGAACCUGAAAUACUACAGCUCGUACAUCUACCAGUCUAUGGCCUCCUAUUUUGAUCGUGAUGAUGUAGCGCUGGCAAAUUUUUCCAAGUUUUUCCAUGAGCGUUCAGAGGAGGAGAGGGAACAUGCAGAGAAGCUCAUCAAGUAUCAGAACCAGAGAGGAGGACGUGUGUACCUCCAGAGCAUUGAGAAACCAGAAAAAGAUGAUUGGACAAAUGGCAUGGAAGCCCUACAGACGGCUCUGAAGCUGGAGAAGACAGUAAACCAAGCUCUGCUGGAUCUACACCGUGUAGCUGGAGAUAAGAAUGACCCUCAUAUGACUGAUUUCUUGGAGUCUCCAUUUUUGUCGGAGAGCACAGAGACCAUAAAGAAGCUUGGAGAUCACAUAACCAGCCUGAAGAAAAUGUGGAGCAGUCACCCUGGCAUGGCAGAGUAUCUGUUCAAUAAGCACACACUGGGUUGACGGCUUCUACAAUCGCCUACCUCUUGUUGCUCCAGUAUUUAUGUAGGCAGUGAAAAGGACAUGAUUUUAUCAGGACCAAUUACAUUCACCUCUUUUUCCAGCAUCAUAUUGGCAAUAAAAUAUUUGGUACAAAA